GAAAGAUUCAUCUGCCUCUGAUAUGUAUCCAGUGUGUUUUCCAGUUGGUUUGGCUGGGAAACACGGAAGCGCACAGUUUGAUCUUAUUGGUCAGCUGCAGCCCUGUGCCGUUUAUAAAACGCACACAGGACAACAGGAGCUCCGGAGCUGAGACCGUGAGGGCGCAGAGCAGUGCCGCGGAGCGCAUAGGCUUUACCCGGGGAGAAAACACCUGUUACUGACGGAGCAAGUGGACAAAGACGUGUGUGUCUCUUUCUGUAGCGCGACAAACCUGACUGCACCUACUCCACACGCCCACACAUCCCACUGUCUUGUGGGACCAUGUGGGUUCUUGAUAAGAUCCGUGGGUCGGUGGAGACCGGCGUGCUGCGUCAGGGGGAGAACGGAGACAAUAAAAGCGUCGCCUACAGCAACGUUCUCACCCCCGACAAGAUCCCAGACUUUUUCAUUCCUCCAAAGCUAGUCAGUGGCCCCCCAGAACCUGACAUUCACAAUGUAAAGCCCAAAGAAGGACUCCAACCCUCAACUUCAGAGCAAAUUAUCGGCAGUGGGAAGAAGAUCAGCAGCCCAAGAAGUCCACGCCUGGUAUCCAAGAUAGCAGGAGACACCAAAAACUUGCUCAGAGCAGCAAACCGUCACAUUAUACAGAUAGAGAGUGCCGAUGAUGUUGGAGACACCAAUGCAGACCCUGGGUCGCAGACAGCAAUGUCCCUGCCUUAUGUACCCAAGACUCAAACACCUUAUGGCUUUGCAACCCUGAAGGAAAGCCCCCACACUCGCCGUAAAGAGUCACUUUUCCACUGCGAGCAUACCAGUCCUAUCACCUCCCCAAACCCCCAGAGGAAGACCCAGGGGAGAAGCAGCGAAGGGGGAAACCACCUGAACCCAGGUGACUUCAACACUUCUCACAUGAAUCCGUAUCGCUACUUCAGCGGAGGGGAAAGUGACACCUGCUCCUCAGCUGAGUCUUCUCCCUUCAGCUCUCCCCUGCUCUCCCGCUCUGCCUCCCUGCUCAAGAUCUUCACCCAUGAGACGCAGGCCAAAGUCGGGAAAGUCAAGCGGACGUUCGCUCGCCACAGCUCCCUCUCCACCGACGAGUGCAGCUCUGCCGAGCCCAGCCCCAACAUCCAGCGACGGCUCCACGUCCCCUCAUUGCACGGUGCCGGAGCGUCAGACCACGGGCUCCAUCGGGAGCACACCAUCAACCUGCACAAAGGUGGGACGGUGAGGAUCAACGCCAAUUACGACUCCAGCACCUCCCGUCUGCUCAUCCGGGUCCUGGUGGCGGAGAGUCUUUACGACAAUCACUUUGACAUCAAGAGCAUUAACUGCUGUGUGUCCGUCUACCUGAACCCGGGCAAGCUGCAGAAGCAAAGGAGCAACAUCAUCAAGAACAGCCGCAACCCGGUCUUUAACGAAGACUUCUUCUUUGACUCGAUAAGCUUGGUUCAGGUGAAGAACCUGUUAGUGAAGUUCAAGGUGGUCAACAAAGGCACCAGCCUCAAGAGGGACACCCUGCUGGGAGAGCGAGAGGUGCCUCUACCCAAGCUGCUCUCAGGGGUUUAAAGCCACAGGACCCGGAGGUCAAAGGAGGCAAAAAACAAUGAAUGAAACUUAAAUUAGAUGCUUGCACUGGUUUCUAUUCAAACUGCUCUUUUUAUUCCCUAUAGAUGAAAAUGGUGAACAUUACAAUGAAGGUGGAGGUAGUGAAAUAUUUUCCUAGAAGGAAAGUGAGGCUUUGUUUUUCUUUUCUUUGUUGAGAUCUAAAAAUGUCGAAAAUGAACAUGUUGAUGUUACAUACGUGAGCGGAUUAAGGAUUUAUGGUGGUCAAGGCUUGCCUCGUUCCUUUUGCCAAUAAUGAAAGCUCAUUAAACCAAGCCAGGCUCGACAGCAACAGAUGAAUUCAACAGAUGAAAGGUUUUUUUUCUGGACAGCCAACUUCCUCAGCCUGGUCAGGUUCAAAGGUUUGAUGACACCUGUGCAUCAGCCUGUCUCGGUAUCCUUGCCUGGACUGUGUUCGCCAUGUGUGGCAUGGUUUUAUUAUUGUAAUGUGGCAUAAAUCCACAGCAGCACAGGAUGUGAUUCUACAUUACCUACACCGUGUGUUCCGCACAAAGAUGCUUUUGUAAAUCAGUGCUUUGAAGUGGCAAUACAUUCUAAUGUGCAAAUGACCCUUUGAUCCCAGUUGCCAUGGCCCACUCCUACAGGGGACGGUGAGGGACAAACAGAGCAGCCACAAUAGCCACAUUUACAUGCACAUCAAAAAUGCAAAGUCCUAUGAAUGCCAUUAUCCGAUUAUGUCAGUCUAAUUAUAUUCUUAAUAACAGAAAAUAGAACUGCAUAGAACAUAUGUGCUGCCAAAAUCUCUACGUUUUGUCUGUAAUUUAGUACAAUUGAACAUUAAAGUAAAAGGUGUCCUGUGGAGGUUUCUAGUAAACAAAAAAUAAUAAUAAUUGUACUAAAUGUACUUAAUUGCUGUUUGGUUAAAAUCUCUUGAGCCUUUUGAAGGACGUGUGUGGACGUUCCAUCUGCAGUGUGUCAGGCAUGCCCCCAUCCAGUGUGGGCACCUUGAUUAAAUCCUGUGCAACUAGGCAACAAGCUCUUGCCACAUCUUCACUCUGCAUUAAGACCGGUAGGCGAUACCUCUGUGUUAUUCUGCACAGAUUCUCAAUUCCAAGAACAACCAAGACAAUUGUUUUUAGUCGGUCACACAGCUUCAGUCAAACAUGUAAAAUCUGUCUUACUAACAUUUGUUUUGAUGUUGCAACCUUAAGAAUAGCAUUUAACAGAUUUCACUGCUUUUUGGUUCAUUUUGAUAGCAGUGGGACAAGAAACAAGGUGAUUAAAAGUCACACUUUUGCUGUGUAAUCAAAUUAAACACAUCCGUCAUGUAAACAGAAUUUAAUAGUCCUCAAUUUAUGCAACCAGGCUGCUGCCUUAGUCACAGUAUUGGUAGUGGACAAAUACAUGCAUGUAUGUAUUAAAUGUCUCAUAUAAGAAGAACAGAGCACUGGUGUGAUCCAGAUGCAUGGCAUGAAUAUGUCACUGAGAUACUGGUGUUUGCAUGACAUGCUCAAAGUUUUAUGAAACCCUAAAGCCUUACUGUGUGUGUGUGUGUGUGUGUGUGUGUGUGUGUGUGUGUGUGUUUUGAUUAGCAUGACAUUUUGUCCAAAGUAGUUGAUUUUCUAUGUAAGAGAUGUAGUGUUUUGUUAAAAUGCUUUUGAAUGGGUUGAAACGUGUGAUGGAUUUGUACUGUAUAUAACUACGUGUUUACUAGUUUCUACAAUUGUCAGCAAAAUACCAAUUAUGCACCAACGAGUGAGCAGUGCUGAUGAGAAGCAUUUUAAUUAUGUCUGUUUUAACUUUAAUGAAGCCCAGGGGGAAGAGGUGAAAAUGUCAAAAACUAAAUAAGGAAAACAAUAUUGUGUUUUGACAGCAGCUCUUGCCUCGGAGGAGAGCGACUACAGACAUAGAAGAAGUCUGAGACAUCAGAGUGAUGCUAAUUACUGAGGUGUCUUACACACUGCCCCACUUUACUUCUGAGAGGAUUAUUAUCACCUGGUGUUUGUAGCUCACUUGUAGCACUGUUCUUGAUGUGCUCUAUAUCCGUUAUAUACAGUGACACUGUUGGUUGGCUUUGUUAUGGUGUGAAAGUCAGUAAACUGUUGUAAUCCCUGUUGCAAACAUACAGUGCCUGCUCGUAGAGUUAUUGUAUUUUCUACUCAAGCUUCCUAAAUUGUACUGAACCCUGUUAUUACCAAACCCUUUCUGAGGUUUCUUCAAGCAUGAUUAACAUACUUCAGUAGUGUCAGUAAUGACUUUCAGUGGAUUCAUAUUGUGCAGUGGUGGGUCGCCUUGUGCUCUGAUUCUAGAUGAGGAUUUGCUGCCGACACAAAUGUUUAAAAUAAUACAUCUGAAAUAUAGGCGAUAUGUUCUGCAAACUGUGUCCUAUUUUUUUGAAUAACUAAUUGCUUUGACCGUUUUCAUGUGGCUUAUCAUUUAAUAGAAAUGCAGGAAGAAAAAAACAAUAAACAAUUAUACUACUUCAGGCCAGGACUUGGGCCACGUGUCUGAAUAGAACAACCUUAUAGCAUAUCUGAAGACUUGUAAUAUAAUGAAUAUAAUGGUUACACUUUUGAGCUUUGAAAAAAGUUUUUCUUUGACUUUCUUUCUUUUGCCUAAAGAUUACAAAUGUUUGACAAGCAACCAAUUUUGGACUGCUGUCUCUGAAUGGUUUCAGAAAAGGCAGAAACCAAAGACGAAAAUGUAGGCUUUACAUUUCACAUUUAACAACACAGCACCACAAAGUUGCAUCACUUUUUGCUGUCAUGAACAGGGGACUUAUUGAAUUGGUUUGUGCACUUUGUAUUGCUUUUGUGGGGGAUUGUGAGCUCAGCUGGAGGUUUCUAUCUAACAGAAAUAUAUUGAACAUUAAGAGGUGAUAAGUCUGGAUACGACCCCUUAAAUGCGUUUUUGAGGUAGUCACAAAACAUUUUUUGUUUUUGUAAAAUGUAAACACUCUUCCCCGUUUAACUAGUAGCUUUGCUAGCCAGUGAAUGGCCUCAAAAUUGUUGGAUAGAUUAAAAAUGGGAAGAUAACUUUGAUUUUUAUGGGGAAAAAAUAGGUGUUGUCAGUGGAAACUAUGUAGUUACUACCUAAUUCAUAUAAAGGGGUAAUUCUCUGUUUUUAUUUCUACUUCCAUUAGUCUAAGUAGGUUUAGUCUCCUGCUACCAUUAGCAUGUUAGCCUGUUAUGUUAGCAUCAAUUUUAAAGUGUAGCUGAAACUGAAGGAAAUUUUAUUUGGUUGUUUUCACGGAAUAGGUAAAACUCGCUUUUUUGCCGAGAGUUAGAUGAGAAGAUAGAUAUCACUCUCAUAUCUGUAAGCUACGUAAAUACUGAGCUAGAGCCAGGAGGCGAUUAGAAUUAGCUUAGUGUAAAGAUGGGAGACGGCGUGAAACAGCUAGCUUGGCUGACUCAGAAGUUAGUGAAAACAAUACGCCUUCCAGCACCUCUAAAGCUGAUUAAUUAACGUGUUAUAUUGCAAUUGUUUAAUUUAUUCACAAAACGAAAUGCAACAAUGAUAAAUUGUGGUUUUAUGGGGAGUUAGGCCUACGUGCUGUAACUAGUAGCAACCAGUGCCGUGACUUAGCAAACUAUUCUUUUAAAGGUGACAUACAGAAGUCUUAGACAAGCGGAAAUAUUGACCUGUUGGUGGCGCUAAAUAAAAUGUCAGCUGACCUUCAAAAGUAAUCAGGAUUCUCCCUUUGAGGAUCAUGAAUAUGUGUACCAAAUGUUAUGGCAAUUCAUUCAAUAAAUAUUUCACCCUGGACCAAAGUGUUGAACCAACAAACAGACAGCACCAUACCCAGAAUCACACUGAUUGUGUGGUUAAAAACAAGGUUGGUUAUUUUGGUUGACUUUUGUUUGAUCCACAGAGGAGAACUUUUUAUUCAGCCUGCUGGUGGAAAUCAGUCCUUGUAUCCCUGCACUCAAUAGCUGUUUAAUUAAACAAAGGGCGGAGAGGCUGGACUGAUGACAUUUAAAAUGAGAAUUGAGUAAAGUGUGUGUGUGUGUGUGUGUGUGUGUGUGUGUGUGUGUGUGUGUGUGUGUGUGUGUGUGUGUGUGUGUGCGUGCGAGUGUGUGUGUGUUUGUGUACGUGUGCGUGUGUGUGUGUGAGUGUGUGUGUGUGUGAGAGAGAGAGAGACAGAGAUUGAGAGUGGUGGUCAGCUUUGUUAAAUAUACUGUACAUAUGCUGAAGCAUCCCUCAAGUCUUCCUGUCUUGACAGGUUCUCUCUGAAAAAUUAAACUGAAAAGUGCCCGUCCAUUACUUGACACUGAAAUCUUUAAUUUAUUUUCGAUGGAAGCUGGUUUCCAUGUGCAGUUGCUGUUCUUGUUGUGUGUUUGGCCAGUGCAGGUAGAAACUUUUUUACUGUAAUGCUACCACCACUACUGUGUUAAUGGAUGUGAAAUACUUUAAUUAAAGGAAAAGUUCC